UACAAUGACGUCCUAUCGACAAAUGUCUUCCAUUUCGCUUGACUGCUUCUCCCGUGUCCUUUCCUCUCCUGUCUAGUCCCCCUCACAUACCAAAUAUCAUGGCGUCCGCAGACUCCCUCCGCCAGCGCAAGCCUGUUGAAGGCGUAACCUCCAAUGGAAAACCCACUAAUACACCUCGCGAGGAGGAGGACGACUCCAAACGGAAGCGUGCUGAGUCAGACCUCGAUCUGGAGCCCAAUAUUUGGGUCCUAAUAUGGAUGAUUGUUGUCUUCAUGACUGGCAUUUCCUUGACCUUCUACUACAAAUUCGACAAUCGCAACCAAGGCCCUUUUGCUGCCUACAUCAAUGAAAAGUUUCCCGUCGUAGACCGCACACUGAACAACUACGCUUUGGGCAAGAAAGAGGCGCCGCUGUUUGGCGCAGCAGCAGCAGAGACUACGGGACUGCUCAGCUUGACCGAGGAGGAGCUGAAAGAGUUCGAUGGCAGUGACCCCGAGAAACCAAUCUACCUCGGCAUCAACGGCACCAUCUUCGAUGUUUCUGCCAGUCCAGCCUUCUACGGACCAGGUGGUCACUACAACCACUUCGUCGGGAAAGAUGCCACUCGAGCCUGGAUUACGGAGUGUUGGGACGAGCCGGAACAGUUCACAUGGAGACUGGACGACGUGGAAGUGAUGUUCAUGCCCAAGUACAUGGAUGAAAUGCUCACCGACGUCGGCGAGGGAGAUUUCGAAGGAGAUUUGGGCGCUAUGGGCGCCAUGCCGCAGGAAAUGCUCAAGACCAUGGCUGAGAAGGCGCUUGCACGAUUUGGAAAAGUGGGACCAAAAAUGAGGGCUAAGAGACGGAUCACAGACAAGGAGGAGGCCGAUGCGAAGGUACAAGAGACUCUGGCGCACUGGGUGAACUUCUUCGCGAACAACAAGAAGUAUGAGACUGUGGGCAGGGUGAUACUCGAUGAGAGUCUUCCUGCUCCACCAGCGCCAUGUAAGAAGGCCAUGGAGAAGCGACCACUCAAGGGCGGUAAGCUGGAAUCCCUGAUGGGCUCCAUGGGCAACCUGAUGGGAGGCGCUGGUGCUGGCGCUGAUGCAGCAGGAGCUGGAGCAGGAACGGGAGCGAAGACGGGAGAAAUGCCGGCAGCUGUCAGAGAGCAGAUCGAGAAAGCGAAGAAACAGGCCGCAGCCGCAAAGGAUGGCGCUGCCGAGGGCGCUGAGACUGUCGGACAAAAAGUCAAGGACACUGCAGACGCUGCAGCUGAUACCGCCGAAUCUGUGAAGGACGAGGCUGGCAAGAAAGCACAGGCUGCAACGGACGCUGCUGGGGAGGGCGCUGAGGCUGUCAAGGAAAAGGCCAAGGCAGCCGGCGAGAGCUACGAGUCAGUCAAAGACAAGGCGCAAAAAGUAAAGAAUGAAGCGGUCAAGCAGGCCGCGGAGGGCGUGGCUGCAGGCGCUGAGAAGGUCAAGCAGAAGGCGGAGGAGGUCAAGGCUGGCCAUGAGGAGUUGUGAGUGAUAUCAAUGACAGUGGGACGAGCUCGGCAGCUGUAGAUAGUCAGGCGGUAUCUGGAUAUCUUGUAUCAAAAAUGUACUGGACAAGCUUCAUCUUGCAUUCGACUUAUGUUACAGAGCUAUGAAUACG